GAGCUCCAGACCUCGAUCAUGGCUACUUGAAUUCGCAGUAAACCUCGGUGCGACAUGUCUCUACUAGACUGCUAGCGACUGGGACUCGUUCACGCCUACCUACUAAUUCGCCUAGAAUACUGUACUUCGACUACUAACAUGGUCCUCCUCCGAUUCGCGCCCUCACCCACCGGCUCCCUCCACUUGGGCGGCCUCCGAACCGCGCUCUACAACUACCUGUAUGCACGUAAACACGGCGGGAAGUGGAUCCUGCGCAUUGAGGAUACCGACGCUACGAGGUAUGUCCCCGGGGCAGUGGACAAUAUCAGAGAAAGCUUGAAUUGGGCUGGGUUGGAGUAUGACUAUGGACCUAUUAAGGGAGGUCCGCAUGGACCGUACUUCCAGUCGGAAAGGCUGGACUUGUACAAGAUGUACGCAAAUAAGCUGCUAGAGUCCGGCCGUGCGUACAGGUGUUUCUGCACACCCGACCGCCUGUCUGCUACCCGAGAGAGACUGGCACGCUCCGGUUCCAAUGAGACGUACGACAAGGCGUGUCUGCAUCUCACGGACGAGGAAGUCGCGCGGCGCGUGCGCGCAGGGGAGAAACACAUCAUUCGUUUGAACGAUGGGAACUUACCACAACGCCCUGCCCCUCACGACAUCGUGUUCGGUGCGCUGAAAGACACGCACGCAUCCCUCCCGACGGACCCCGUCCUGCUCAAGUCGGACCUCUUCCCGACAUACCAUCUCGCGUCCGUCGUAGACGACCACGAAAUGGGAAUUUCGCACGUCGUACGCGGUGAGGAAUGGCUGCCAUCAUUACCGCUGCACCUCGACCUGUACGCGUGUCUGUCCCUCGCCCCGCCGCAAUUCGCGCACCUCCCAAUUUUACUAAAUAACGACGGGACAAAGAUGUCGAAACGCAAGGGCGACGUGCAGGUUAUGGAUUACAUCCGCCGCGGCUGGGAGCCUGCCGCGGUAUUAAAUUGGCUGGCAUUGGCGGGAUGGGGCGUGCAGCACGAGAACCCAGAUACCAGCGCUGGGUCGACGUCUGCGUCAUCCGCGCCCGCACCAGACAGCACGGCUCUGAUGACGCUGUCUGAACUGAUUGAAAAGUUUGACCUGUCAGCAUUAACCCACCGCCGCUCGGUUCUUGACCCCAAGAAGCUGGAGUACAUCAACAAACAUCACCUCACGCGGGCGUGGUCGACCCCGGAAGGCCUGGACAACCUCGCGGCGCGGUUACACGACUCUGUCAAGGCUGCCUUCCCCCUCAGCCAGUACACGACGGAAGACUACAUCAAGAAGGUCAUUCCAACGCUGCAGGAGCGCGUGACGAACCUGCAGCAGUUUCCCUUCCUCGCACCAUACUUUUUCAUCGAGCCCGACUUCUUCACCGCGGAAGCUCAUGAGAUGGUGAAGUCGAUCAGCCCAUCAGAAUACUCUGACGUUACACGGGCGGUCGCGGCCCGCCUUGAAAAGCCUGAUAUUGUGUGGGAUCAGCAGAAUAUAUCCGCAGCCUUACACGAAGAAUCUACAAAGAGCGGUAUCAAGAGCAGGGUAUUCAUGACUAUCCUUCGACACGCCCUCACAGGGAUGAAGACUGGUCCCUCAGUGGCGGAGAUUAUGCACACAAUUGGUCCAGAACGUACACUGGAACGGCUACACACCAUCCGCGGCAGUCCACUUGUCAGCAAGAUGUAAUUAUUACUCGUAUUCUAGGGGAAAUUAUGCUACAAAUCAGAUGCGUUUGUAAUGAUACAUGGGUGUGCAUGGGGAAAGACAGUUCUUCGAAAGCAAUAGUGUAGUAAGAAACGUCGCAUGUUAUAGGGCUUCCCAACCUCCAUUGUCGACAGUAGCCUCUAAUUUCCGUGCUACCAGCGUAGGGAUGCCGUUGGUUAUCCAAUUCUUGCGGAUAUCCUCCCACCGGGCGUGAUGGAGAUAUUGUCU